GCCCCACGCCCCAGGGAGGAAACCACUGAAGAGGCGUCCCUGCUGCCUUGCACCCCAAACCAUCAAUUAAUAUUAACGAGGGAAGGCUGCACACUGCCUAAAGACCCCCAACGGGGCGCAGGAGGAGAGGCCCCGCCCCAUGACUCAGGAAGUUAAAGGACCUGGAGCCACCUGGGAGCCCAGAGUGCCCCGAUGGAGAUGGCGUACAGCAGCGGGAGGGUCACGAUCCAGCUGGUGGAUGAGGAUGCGGGGACAGAAGCCUGCGACCCACAGCCCUUUCGGGGCCAGAGCUACGAGGCAAUCCGAGCAGCCUGCCUGGAUUCAGGAAUCCUGUUCCGCGACCCCUACUUCCCUCCUGGACCUGACGCCCUUGGCUAUGACCGGCUGGGGCCGAACUCGGAGAAGGCCAAAGGGGUGGAAUGGAAGAGGCCCAGAGAGUUUUGUGCUGAGCCUCAGUUCAUCUGCAAGGACAUGAGCCGGACAGAUGUGUGUCAGGGAAGGCUGGGGAACUGCUGGUUCCUCGCAGCUGCCGCCUCCCUCACUCUGUACCCCCGGCUCCUGUACCGGGUGGUCCCCCCUGGACAGAGCUUCCAAGAUGGCUACGCAGGUGUCUUCCACUUCCAGCUCUGGCAGUUCGGCCGCUGGGUGGAUGUCGUGGUGGAUGACAGGCUGCCGGUGUGCGACGGGAAGCUGAUGUUUGUGCGCUCAGAGCAGCGGGAGGAGUUCUGGGCCCCGCUCCUGGAGAAGGCCUAUGCCAAGCUCCACGGCUCCUACGAGAUAAUGCAAGGCGGCCACAUGAACGAGGCUUUUGUGGACUUCACGGGCGGCGUGGGCGAGGUGCUUUACCUGAGGGGCCACACACCCGGCCUCUUCUCUGCCCUGCGCAACGCCCUGGCCAAGGAGUCCCUGGUGGGCGCCACUGCCCUGAGUGACCGGGGCGAGUACCGCACAGAGGAGGGGCUGGUGAAGGGACAUGCGUAUUCAGUCACAGGCACGCACAAGGUGUCUCUGGGCUUCACCAAGGUGCGGCUGCUGCGGCUGCGGAACCCGUGGGGCCGCAUAGAGUGGAACGGGGCCUGGAGUGACAGCUGCCCACGCUGGGAUGCGCUGCCCCCUGAGUGGCGAGAUGCCCUGCUGGUGAGGAAGGAGGACGGAGAGUUCUGGAUGGAGCUGCAGGAUUUCCUCCAGCACUUCAACACCGUCCAGAUCUGCUCCCUGAGCCCAGAGGUGCUGGGCCCCAGCCCAGCAGGUGGCAGCUGGCACAUCCACACCUUCCAGGGCCGCUGGGUGCGUGGCUUCAACUCUGGCGGGAGCCAGCCCAGCGCUGAAACCUUCUGGACAAAUCCCCAGUUCCGGCUGACGCUGCUGGAGCCUGACGAGGAGAAGGAGGACGACGACGAUGAAGGGGGACCCUGGGGAGGCUGGGGAGCAGCAGGGGCAAGGGGCCCUGCGAGGGGAGGUCGUACCCCCAAAUGCACAGUCCUCUUGUCGCUCAUUCAGCGCAAUCAGCGGUGCUUGAGGGCCAAGGGCCUCACUUACCUCACCGUGGGCUUCCACGUGUUCCAGAUCCCGGAGGAGCUGCUGGGCCUCUGGGACUCGCCGCGCAGCCGCGAGCUCCUGCCCCAGCUACUGCGCGCCGACCGCUCGGUCUUCUGCGCCCGCCGCGACGUGAGCCGCCGCUGUUGCCUGCGCCCCGGCCACUACCUCGUGGUACCCAGCACCUCCCGCGUCGGCGACGAGGCCGACUUCACCCUGCGCAUUUUCUCUGAGCGCAACCACACUGCAGUGGAGAUAGAUGAUGUGAUCAGCGCUGACCUGGAGACCCUCAUGGUCCCCUCCAAGCCCCUGGAGCUGGAGUUGGUGAAGCUGUUUCUGGAGCUGGCUGGGCAGGAGGAAGAACUCAAUGCCUAUCAGCUCCAGACCUUAUUAAGUAUUGCCCUGGAGCCAGCCAGAACCAACACUAGGAAUCCUGGGGAGAUCGGGCUCAGGACCUGUGAGCAGCUGCUGCAUUGUUUUGGGCAUGGGCAGAGCCUGACCCUGCACCACUUCCAGCAGCUCUGGGGCCACCUGCUGAUGUGGCAGGCCACAUUUGACAAGUUUGAUGAGGACACCUCUGGGACCAUGAACUCCUAUGAGCUGCGGCUGGCACUGAAUGCUGCAGGCUUCCAUCUUAACAACCAGCUGACCCAGGCCCUCACCAGCCGCUACCGGGACAGCCGGCUGCGUGUAGACUUCGAUCACUUCGUGUCCUGUGCGGCCCAGCUCACCUGCAUCUUCUGCCACUGCAGCCAGCAUCUGCACGGGGGUGCGGGGGUCGUCUGCCUGACCCACAGACAGUGGACAGAGGUGGCCACCUUCUCCUAGGACAUUAGGUCAGUGCCUGCUGCCCAAGCCCUGCCCCUCCACGUCUAGCACCAGCUGCAUGCCCAGCCGACCCAAGGAUGAGGCUGCCGCUCACUGCUCUCCCUAGGGCAGCGCCGGCUGCUUGGCCCUGCUCCCUGUUUAGACCCAGAGGCCUGCGGCGCCUUUGGCUUUACACAGGAUGGGAACGGGGUCUGCGGGCUCCUGAGGCAGAGAACGCACAGCAGAGAAGAGAGGACACUGCACGGCUCCUUAAAAAUAUUAUGUUUUAUUAUCCUGUCCCCAAAAGGGUGGUUUAUCCAGAAACCGUGAAAAAUCAAUCAGAAUGAACUCAAAAGGGGCAAAGGGGAGGCAGAACCAUCAGUUACCAGGCAGCCAGGCCAGCGGCCCACCCCCACCUCAGGAGGUCCCCAGAGACCCCUGCACCACAAACAAGGACCAACAACCAGGACAGGGCCGGGAGGGCAGCACGUCAGCUAUGUCUUCAUUAUGAGAGCAAAAGAGGCGGCAGAGAUACGUUGCUAGGUGAAUAUAUAUUUAUAUAAUAAAUCCGUAAGUUAAUAAAGUAAAUAGUAAUCUUCUGAAA